GUGCGCAGGCGCGGUGCGGAUUUUAUAGUGAAGUGAAGUGCGGAGCGGCAGUAUUUUGGGGGCCUUUCUGAGAGAAGCAUGUGGAGGAUCUUGGUGUUUCUGACGGUGACAGUGAGCUUGUGUCCGGUCCAGCUGCUGCAGGGACUCCCCUCCCCUCAGUGGAGCAAACAUGAUGCAGUCAAGAGAGGACCCCAGUUCACAGAGAAGUAUUUCAGUCAGACCAUGGACCACUUCAACUUUAACAGCAUGGGCAACUCCACAUUCAGCCAGCGUUACCUGAUCACAGAUGAGUACUGGCACAAAGGCCACGGCCCUGUUUUCUUCUACACUGGCAACGAGGGAGACAUCUGGGAGUUUGCACUCAACUCUGGAUUCAUCACAGAAUUAGCUGCUCAGCAGGGAGCCUUGGUCAUAUUUGCUGAACAUAGGUACUAUGGCAAAUCUCUGCCGUUUGGCAAAGAAUCCUUCAACAUCCCUGAGAUCAGCCUGCUGACAGUGGAGCAGGCCCUCGCCGACUACGCUGUCAUGAUCACUGAGCUGAAACAGCAGCUGGCAGCCACACACUGCCCCGUCAUCGUGUUUGGAGGCAGUUAUGGAGGAAUGCUGUCAGUCUAUAUGAGGCUCAAGUAUCCCAACAUUGUGGCUGGAGCUCUGGCUGCCAGUGCCCCCAUACUGUCCACUGCUGGGCUGGGAGACCCCAGGCAGUUUUUCAGAGAUGUCACAGCUGAUUUUGAGAGUGUAGCCCCUGAAUGCACAGAUGCUGUAAGAGGAGCGUUUCAUCAGCUGAAAGAGUUAGCUGAGCGCCAAGAUUAUCUUCGCAUCCAGGCGGAGUUCCUCCUGUGUAAGCCCCCGUCAUCUGCUAAGGACAUCCACCAGCUGAACGGUCUGCUGAGGAACGCCUUCACUCUGAUGGCCAUGCUGGACUACCCCUACAGCACUCACUUCAUGGGCAACAUGCCUGCCAACCCUGUCAAGGUGGCCUGUGAAACCAUGCUGAGUGGACCCAACCUGCUCGCUAACCUGAGGAACACUGCAGGGAUUGUGUACAACUCUACUGGGGUGCUGACCUGUUUUGACCUGUACAGUCUGUAUCUGGAGUGUGCUGAUCCCACUGGCUGUGGACUGGGCUUUGACAGCCUGGCCUGGGAUUACCAGGCAUGCACAGAGAUCGAUCUGUGCUACGAGAGCAACAAUGUGACGGACAUGUUUCCUCCCUUGGCCUUCACUGAGGAAGACCGUGAGCUGUACUGCUCCAAACGCUGGGCUGUGGUUCCACGACCAGACUGGCUCAAAACCCAAUUCUGGGGUGAUGUCCUCUCCACAGCAAGCAACAUAAUCUUCUCCAAUGGAGAUCUGGACCCGUGGGCAAAUGGAGGGGUGCGCAAGUCGUUGAGCUCAUCACUCACAGCUGUCAAUAUUUCUGGAGGAGCCCAUCAUCUGGAUCUGAGAGGAUCUAAUGAUGCAGAUCCAGUGUCGGUAAUCAGUGCCAGGAAGACUGAAGCAGACCUCAUUGCACAGUGGGUGAAGAUGGAGAGGACCAGAUCAAAGCCUUAAAGCACAGGUCCAGUUCGGUUUCACACUGAAACUGCACAAGACCACAAGUCAUUCUCUCUAAGUUUGAGUCCACCUGGGUGUCCCAGUUCCUUUUCACACCCUAACUGUAGUCAGUGGGUGUAGAUGUGUUCAGCUUGGAGAGCCAAAAUUGAGUAUAUCUGUCUGACCUGAGUUUUGUCCAUGUGCAGUGAUGUCCCACAAUAAUGGAUUAAUGGAAUAAUGGACAGAGGAGAGAGCCCCACAAAGAUCUUGUAACACAGAUUGACAUUUUGCUUUUGCCUUUUUUUAUUUUUUUAAAGUUUAAAUGUAACUAUUUUCAUGAUUCAUUCAUUGUUUAAAUCAUUUUUCAAACAAAAAUGUAAAAUAUUUUCUGGCUUUUGCUUCUGAAAUGUGAGGAUUUGCUGCUUUUCUUGGUCAUUAAUGAGCAUCGGACUGGCCAAAAGAAGCAAUUUGAAUCAACUUUGGACUUUUCACAAUUUUAUCGACAUUUUAUAGACCAAACAUAAUCCAUUUAUUGUGAAUGUAAUAGGCAGAGUGAUAGAUAAUGAAAAUAAUUGUCAGGUACAGCCCUCGUCUGCAUGCAUCAGAAAACAGCUUAAACACCUGUAACGACAUUCUGGACUAAGUUGAUUCAGAAAGCUUUUUAGUGAAACCUAAAGCUAUGAAGCCUUUAAAUGUUGCUUUCUGUGAUCAUGUGUCUUAUCAAUUAAACUCUACAGUGUAGACUUAAGCA